AUGACUCUCAAUGAAAUACGAUCGAAUGGAUAUUGGAUCAUUAAUGGUGUUUCCGCUGUUGGUAGUUACAUUUCCAAGUGUUUUCUUUGUCGGAAGUUACGAAGAUCAGCUGAAAGUCAGAAAAUGGCCAAUCUUCCAGAAGAUCGUUUGGAACCAGCACCUCCUUUUACUUAUUGCGCUGUUGACUUUUUUGGUCCCUGGUACAUAAAGGAACGAAGAAAAGAAGUUAAAAGAUACGGUGUGCUCUUCACAUGUAUGUCAUCCAGGGCCAUACAUCUAGAAACCUCUGCUACAAUGGAGACCGACUCAUUUAUUAACGCCUUACGUAGGUUCAUAUGUCGAAGGGGACCAGUUCGCCAGAUCAGGAGUGAUCGAGGUACGAACUUCGUUGGAGCAAGUAAAGAACUUAAACAGGCUUUGACCGAAUUCAAUUAUGCAAAUAUAACAACGGAAUUACUGAAGAGGAAUUGUGAUUGGAUAGAGUUUAAAUUUAAUGUUCUUUCCGCUAGCCACAUGGGUGGCGUGUGGGAAAGACAAAUUAGGACAGUACGUAGUGUACUUUCUGCAUUAUUACAAAGUAAUGGAUCUCAACUUGAUGAUGAGUCAUUGAGAACUCUGAUGUGUGAAACGGAAGCCAUCGUUAACAGUCGUCCGUUGACCGUAAAUGAUUUAAAUGAUCCUGAUUCACUUCAACCGUUAACGCCAAGUCACCUUCUAACUAUGAAAAGUAGAGUAAUCCUUCCACCACCUGGUGUUUUUCAGUCGCCCGAUAGAUACUCGAGAAAACGUUGGAGAAGAGUACAACAUUUGGCUAAUGAGUUUUGGUCGAGAUGGAGGAAAGAAUUCUUGCUUAGUCUUCAAGCGCGGCAGAAGUGGUGCAAGCCACGCAAAGAUUUGGGUGUUGGUGAUAUUGUCCUCGUCAAGGAAUCAAAUUUACCAAGGAAUUUAUGGGAACUCGCUCGCGUUAUUAGAACGAAUAGAAGCAAAGAUGGAUAUGUGCGUACCGUGAUGUUGGCCAAAGCAGACGGUUUUUUAGAUAGCAAAGGAGUACGGACAAGGUCACAAAGACGUUUGGAACGACCAAUUGAUAAAUUGAUAUUGCUUGUUGAAGGUGAAGGUCAAGACGCGGAGUCCGUCCCCGUCGAGGAGCCAUAA